AUGGACGUGUCACCAGGGGGGCGGGAUAGUCUCGCCUUCGCGUCGUUCCUUCAAAACGCUGACCCUGGCUCCACCAAGGCGGUGCGCACUGCGGCCCUGUUGGACUUCUCCCGCCUCACAGCGGAAGAAGCACGCACCGGCCAGCGCGAGAUCACCGCCGACCCGAGCGGUCGCAUCGUGGGCCUCCACACCGCCUUCGAUCAGCGCACGUUCGAGUUUGACUUCGUCACAUCCAAGCCGCACAGCGAUGCCACGAAAAAGCGGAUCCUGAGCGAGGGCCUGGCGGCGAUGGGCCUGGCAACCGGCGGCGCUGGUCACGGGGACGAUCACCACCACCGCCACCUUCACGCGGAACACAACGAAGAAGGGGAAGCGGACGACGGCACCGCGUACCUGCGCGAUUGGACCAUGGUGUGCCUGGGCAGCGCCUCUCAGCCGCUCCUCAACUGGGGCCUGGGACCCCUCUUCGCCGAGGGGGCUUAUCAGUCCGGAGAGGACGGGGAGCGAGAGGCGUGCUACCUCCCCGCUUUUUCUGGGAUCUUAAGCGAUGUGUGCUCCGGACUGCUGAAGGUGGAUUUUGCGGCCAGUGUGUACCUGGCGGCCUUCGAGAUCGUCAAUGACGCGGUGCGGGAGUUGUAUUCGGGGCGGCAGCUCAACACGUUCGAAAAGAGCGAUGGGGAUGUCAUCGUCGAGGGCCUGCCUACACACCGGGUAACGUCGCUCGAGGCCUUUUGGCGCCUCCUCACCCUGUGCCUCCAGAACUCCUCGGCAAAGCGCGGGGGCAAGCUCAAGUCGCACCUGUUCUUCAGGCUGCUCCUGCGGCCCGAGGCCCCGGCGCCCCUUGCGGCUGCUGGUGGCGGCGGCGGCGGCGGCGGCGGAGCUAUCAUCGGGAGCGGGACGAGCGCGCCCUCUUCGCCCUCCUUCCUCCGCACGCCGCCGCGCAACCCCGCCGCCGGCUCCUCGUCGGCAGCCGCGGCCGCGACGCUCAAUUCGUCGCCGCCGCGUCUCGUGUCGCCCACCCGCACCGCCGAACGAACGCCCAACCGGAGCCUCUUCGAGCGCUAUCGCGAGAUGGAGCCGUCGAUGCUGCUGUCGCCCAUUCACCCGCCCCAGGACACCGGACUCUACACGCCCACCCUCAGCAGUUUUCCGGGGUUCGGUGGGGAGCGGCCCAAGUCAACGCUGGCCUCCCCGAUGUGGACGCCGCGCGGCUACUCCCUCGCCAAGCAGAGGUCGGCGUCGGCGAGGGACGAGAAGGCGGGCGGCAUGUUCGAGCUGGUCCUUCUGGCCCCCUUCGACGCCAUGAAGCGCUCCGAUCAACUAACCAAGGAGGAGAGCGCGGUUAAGCGAGCGCUCAUGAACCUCAGCCUCAUGAUAGACACGCUGAAGGGGCGCGGGGGUGCCGGCUCGGCGGCGGCGGCGGGUGCGCUCGGGUGGCGGUCGUCGACGCUCACGCACCUCCUGAAGCGCGCCCUCACGGCCACCCCGCAGCAGGGCGCCGGCCUCCUCCACAUGGUCGCCCUCACCGAGCCCAUCCCCUACUCCCUCCCCUUCAACGCCUGGGCGUUCCAAUUGGUGUCGUCGAGCGGCUCGAGGCGGGACGAAGCGGUGAGCCUGUCGUCGAUCCAGGUGAGCCCCAUCCGCAUGUCGCCCGCCCGCAGCCCCGACGCGCCGCCGUCCACCAAGGCCGCCAAUGGCGUCGCCAGUAAAUCGCCGGCGAAGCCGGGCGACGUCGCCCUUGGCAACAGCCACAACGCCGGCGGCAGCGACAAACAGGUUGGCGACAGGGAGGAGAGCCGCGAGAAGGAGCUGCGGCGGCUGCGGAAGCAGGUGGCCCUCCACAAGACGAGGGAGCAGCUGUGGGAGAGGGAGCGCGAGCGGCUAACGCGCGAGGCCGCGGCGGCCGAGGCAUCGGGGCAGCGCAUGCGGGAGCGGGAGGAGCAGCUGCGGCGGGCACUCGAGGCCGGCAACGCGACGUCGCGCGCCCUGCAGGACAAGCUGCGGGCGGUGAGCGCCCAGGCGCGCGAGCGGAUCGACGGCCUUCAGCGCGUCGUCGAGGCCUACCACCAGCAGCACGCCCAGCAACAGCACACCGUCGCCUCCCUCCAGGCGCGUCUCCUCGAUGCGGAGCGCGAGCUGGCUGCCCAUCGUGCCAGGGAGGGCGUGUACGCCGAUUUCCGGAGCCUGGUGGCCAAGCAGGCGGAGGACAUGGCCGCGUUCAACCGCAACCUGGCCGCGCUCGACGGCGCGGUGGCCGAGGAACCGUCACAUGGCCGCGACGACGCUGACAACAAUGACGACGGCCACGGCCACGGCGACAGUGACGAUGACGAUGGCGAUGAGGGCCAGCGGGGCGGCGACAACGCGGACCAAGGCGUGGAAGUGGACGUGACCACCGACGACGAAAGCGUGAGCGUGAUGACGCGGAUGCAGGAGCGCGCGAGGCGACGUCGGGGCCACGUCGAUCAUGACUACGACGACGACAACGACGACGAGGAAGCGGCGACGCCGCGACGUGUGGAGGAGAUGAUGGCCGGCCUGCACCUGCGAGCAGCGCGCGGCCUGGACCAAAGAGGCGGAGGCGGCGGCGGUGGUGUUGGGACGAAGCGGAAGGAGACGACGGGCGUCGUGGCUACGCCCACCCAUGUCGACAAGCGGACGCGACAGCGCUCGCCCUUCCCUCCGACGCCCGCGCAACCACUUCCCCGCGGCGGCGACACGAACAGCGCCGCGAGUGCGACAAGAGAUGACGAAAACAGCGAAGGAGAAGAAGAAGAAGAAGAUGGCGAAGAGGAAGAAGAAGCAGAGGUGGGAGACAAAGGCAGAAGGGAGCAAGGACUCUGGCACGGCACCGGCGGGGCGGAGGAGGUCAAGCUAGGAGAGCUGUACUCGACCAUCGAUGGCUACCUCCACACCCUGUCGUCCAUCAGGGACAGCUUCACCUCUUCUUCGCCCACCAGUGGCAGUCGCAAUGCGACGCCCUGA